AUGCUGCGCCGAAGAAUGGGAUACUCCGACCCGUCGUCGGGUAGAGAUUUGCUCGGCAAUAGGUCCCUUUGUUUCAUUUUCAUUUGCGCUUUCGGACUCGUCACCCUGCUGCAGCAGAUUCUGUCCGGGAAAAACUACAUUAAGAGUGCACAACAGUUUAGCCGACUCAAAGGGGACGAGACAGGAAAUUGGACCGGUCCCGUUAAUUUCUCGGAUGACGGAUCUCUGAAGCCUGCCAGAAAUGGGAAGAAAAGAUGUUUCCGUCAGAAUUUUCAGCCAGAUUCACAGAACUCCGUAAUAGUCACACCCUGCCUAGCUGAUAUUAAGAAGAAAAAAAAACGCUCUCAAAGGUACCUGGACUCAUAUGAUGGUACCUACGACUACAACUCCACUGCAUGUAAGGAGCUCAGGCAGGAGAUCAUCGAUGUCAAAGUCCUGACAAUGGUAAAAACAUCAGAGCUGUUUGAGAGAUGGAGAAACCUGCAAGUGUGCAAGUGGGAGCAGAACAAAGCGGAGACCAACAACUUCAAGAUGUCACUGUCUCGGUGUUGCAAUGCUCCUUCCUUUCUAUUCACCACCAAGAGGAAUACCCCAGCAGGCACCAAGCUGAGGUACGAGGUGGACACCAGUGGCAUUCUUCCCAUCACCACUGAGGUUUACAAGAUGUUUCCAGAUGAUAUGCCAUAUACUAAAUCACAGUAUAAGAAAUGUGCUGUUAUUGGCAAUGGGGGAAUCAUCAAGAACAGCAAAUGCGGAAAAGAGAUUGACUCAGCUGAUUUUGUGUUUAGAUGCAACAUACCCCCCAUCAGUGAUAAGUACUCAGCUGAUGUUGGCACUAAAACAGAUCUAGUGACCAUAAACCCAAGUAUUAUAACCGAGAGGUUUCAGAAGCUCGAGAAGUGGCGCCGGCCAUUUUACGAGGUGCUCCAGAAUUACGAGAACUCCUCCGUGGUUCUUCCUGCCUUCUACAACUCCCGCAACACCGAUGUAUCUUUCCGGGUCAAGUACAUGCUAGAUGACUUUGACUCUCAAAGAGGGGUGUUCUUCUUUCACCCCCAGUACCUGCUCAAUGUGCAGCGUUUUUGGGCAGUGCAGGGUGUCCGGGCCAAGCGCCUCAGCAGCGGCCUGAUGCUUGUGACAGCGGCCUUGGAAAUGUGUGAGGAGGUCCACCUCUAUGGUUUCUGGGCAUUUCCCAUGAACCCCUCUGGUAUCUUUAUUACUCACCAUUACUAUGACAAUGUCAAACCGAGGCCUGGCUUCCAUGCAAUGCCCAAUGAAAUCUUCAACUUUCUGCACAUGCACACACGUGGAAUCUUAUAUGUUCACACCGGGCAAUGCAGUUAA